AUGACUGCAAGCUACGGAGACCCCUCCAUCCGCCAGGGCACCAUCGGCUACUACAGGUUCACCGACAUCUUCUUUGAAUGGUCAGUAUUCCACUCGCAGUGGCACAUCGGGCGCCUCUCGAUCGUAAUACGCGUCCCCGCUCACAUCGAUGGCCACACUUCGACGUUCGAGAACGGCGAGAUGCGCCUGCUCUUCUCGUCCGCGCAGGUCGAGUACCUCCGGUACUACAUCCACGCCUGCGCGCUCACCGACGCGCUCAUCCCGCUCCCCGCGUCCGAGUACCUGAUCCAGAAGGACGAGAUGCGCAACUGCGCGCCCGACGUCUACAACGACGCCGCCGUCCUCAAGCGCGCGAUCAAGGUCCGUCGCCGUCCCGCCCUCGCCUCCGCGGGGCUGACCGCGGUCCCGCCGCGCCCGCCGCGCCCACAGAGCAUCGAGAAGAACAACAAGCGGCUGCGGAACACGAGCGACCUGCUCGCCUACCGCCGGCUCAUGUUCGAGCGCGUGCGCACCUUCUGGGCGGGCCGCCUCGGGACGUGGCUCGCGCUCGACUUCGAGGCCUGGGACCGCGACCACAGCGUGCUCACCGAGUUCGGUUGGAGCCGCGCGUGGUGGCCGCGGGACGAGCACGGGAACAAGGACCUCGAGGCCGGGGGCCCGAGCCUCGAGCACGGCCACCUCGUCGUGCGCGAGCACCAGCACUACUCGCAGACGUACGUCCCCGACCACAGGAAGCACUACAACUUCGGCACGAGCGAGAUCGUGAGCCGCGCCGAGUUCAAGCAGCGCAUCCGCGACCUCAUCGCGCAGAACCGGGCCGACGGCCCGCUCUUCCUCGUCUUCCACGACAACAGCCAGGACAUCAAGUACCUGCAGUCGGACAUGGUGAAGGCGGUCGAGCGCAUCGAGGUGCUCACCGACGCCCCGCACAGCGGCGAGCUCUACAUCGUCGACACCGCCGACCUCUUCGCCGCGCUCGAGGGCGAGGCCGGCGGCCAGACCCGCUCGCUCGAGCGCGUCUGCCGCCUGCUCCAGAUCCAGACCGAGUACCUCCACAACGCCGGCAACGACGCGCACUACACGCUUGACGCGACGAUCGCGAUGGCCGCGGGCGAGCCCGUCGACGCGCAGCGCGACCGCCGCUGGCCGGGGCGCACCGUCGACACGCAGGCCAAGGUCCAGUUCCAGCCCUGGGAGGAGGACUCGGACGCGGACGACAUCGACGACUUCUUCGGCUUCCCGCGCGCCAGCGACGCGAACAUGCCGCCCAGCCCGACGUCGACGCCGACGCCGACGUGUCGACGCCGGGUUGAAGCUGGGGUUGAAGCUGACGCCAACGCCGCUCCCGUUUAG